UUGAAGGAAAAACCAAAAAAGAGUUAAUAUCUGUAGCAAAAAAUGUUUUUAAAGGGGUACUAAAUGAAAAACUUAUUGAAGAGGCCAAAAAAUUGGAUGGUCGCAUUCAUGAAUUACGAAAAAAACACAAAGGGGUCUACCUAAGCUAUGUUACAAGUUUUUGUAAUAAAAUUAGCGAUUUUGUUUUGUUUAAAGAAUAUACUGACCUGGCAGAAGAACAUAAAAAUGAUGCUCAAGAAAUGCCAUUUCAAGCAAGGUUAGAAGAAAUGAGAAAUAUCGCAAGGAUCAAUCUUGCAAUCCUCGAUAUAUUAGAUACCGAUUCAGAGGAAAUUUCCCGAGCGAUCAAAACAAUUAAGGAAGUUCAAGAUUCAAUAAAAUACAAUUAUCAAUUUGUUGGUAUAGCUAAAUCUCGCCUGGAGGUUUUGGAAGAUCUCUUAUGGGUUAUCGGAGGUGUUGAAUUGCCAGAGGAAUUACCUGAGAACGAGUUCGAAUUAAUCACCUGCCCAAUAAACCAGAUUCAAGAUGUGAAUGAUGAAUACUUUCGAUAUCUUACCGAAAAACUACAACACGCAUCUUCUGACAAAGAAAAGAUAAACCUAUAUACACAACUUGCGGUUCAUUAUGAGAAAAUGGCUGAAGAAGAAAAGUUCGAUAAAUUAAGCAGUUUAUUUCAUUGGCAAGCUGCUCAAAAUAAUUAUAAGGAAGCUCUUGAAAUAGAUUCUCACAAUCAAGAUUUGUGUCUUAGUUAUGCAAAAUGCUUACUAAGAUUGUCUAAAUAUACACAAGUAAUUGAUCUUUCUUUUAUGCACACUAAUUUAGUUUUAGACUCAUUGCCAGAGUAUUGGCGCCUUCUUAGUAUUGCAUACUUUAAAAAAGCUGAUUACAAGCAAGCUAGUGAAUGCAUCAAUGAGGCAUUAAGUUUAGAUUCUAAAAAUAUAUUGGCUGGAAACCAAAAGAAAUUUCUCGAAAAAUUUAUGUUGAAAAAUAAUUUUAUUGAUCGCUAUGUAAACGAAAAAAAGUACAUAACAUUUGAUGUAAAGAAUUCAUAUAGUAAUGAAAUCCCUGUUUAUAAUAUCCUUUCAAUUGAUGGUGGAGGUAUACGUGGGAUAUUACCUGCUUUAUGGCUCACUGAGAUAGAAUGUCGUACUCAUAAACCUAUCUCUUGUUUAUUUAAUAUGAUAGCUGGAACAUCAACUGGUGGAAUAAUUGCAGCUGGAUUAUCCGCUCCGUGGUUUGACAUUGAUUAUAUACCGGCUGGUGAAAUAACGGUGGAAAUGCCGAAGUAUGAUUAUUCACGGCCGAGGUUCUUAGCUUCGGAUUUAUUAAAUAUUUAUAAGAAUGAAGCAGAAAAUUUAUUCAAAAAUUUUAAAGAAACAAGGCUUGACGAUGUACUUACCGAACUGGUUAUCCCUGCAGCAAACGAAUCCAAUUUAACAAAAACACAUUUAUUUACGCGUCAUAAUGCUCGUAAAAACCCAACAGAGAAUGUCACAUUGGCUGAUGCUUUAAUGGCAACAACAGCUGCACCCACCUUUUUUCCACCUCACAAGAUAAAAAAUAAGGGUAUCUUUUUAGAUGGAGGUAUACACCUUAAUAAUCCAGCAUCUGAAGCUUAUAGUGAGGCCAUUAAAUAUAAGGUGGAUGAGAAAAAGAUUUCUGUGCUUUCUCUGGGCACAGGAAGCUAUAUACCAGAUCCUUUCAGUCCUGAGAAGUAUCGGGGUCAACUAUUUUGGGCACAGAAUCUCCACAAUACUAUAAUGUCCGCACAGGAAGGCAAUACUGAUCGCCAAAUGUAUGCUAUGUUAGGAGAUUGCUAUCAGCGAUGGCAAGUCUGGUUUGAAAAACCGAUAAGAUUAGAUGAUUUGAAUUGCAUUCCUUAUCUCUUAGAAAUGGGCUAUCAAUAUAUAGAAGAACUCGAUUGCUCUGAUAAAAAUCCUAUUAAUAAAUUAGUAGAGUCUUUUGAUACAUCACUCUAUUAG